UCCCCUCAGCUACAAAAACUAGAACCAAACUCCUCCUGUCUCGGAACUAUCCCCAAAAUCCCUGCACAAGGCCUCGCUGAUCUUGGAGUUUGCAAGUGUCAACCAAACAUCCACGAAAUGGCCUCCUCCGCCGUCAGAUCAAUCUUCCGAUCGUGCUCGAGUCGUCGCUUUGCCUUUCGUCUUGCAUCGGAAGUUAAAGCGCCUCGUUCUCCAUUCCGCUUCGCCUCCAGUAAACCUCUCUUCUAUUCCACAAUCAGGUGCCCAGUUGAGUUGAGCUUUUGUGUGGAAACGAUGCUGCCAUAUCAUACUGCAACUGCUUCUACACUAAUGACUUCCAUGCUCACCAUCUCUAGUUGCCGUUAUGGGCGGCUGCCUGAAGGUAGCUAAGCAUCUGUAGGAUUCCUUGAUAUUCUUUCUUCAAAAUUGUUCAGAAUUGCAGUGAUGACGUAUAAUAAGUGUGAAGAUUGAAGCUAUCUUUGUAUAGAAAUCUGCAUGGCGAUACAUUGACUGCAGAAUUAGCAGGUGCUCUGAUUGAACCACUGGACGGACAAGUUAAAACUAACUUCAAAACUCCGAUCAAUUGUAGCUUUUGGUUCUCUAUUUGUGAUUUAUGAAAGAUUGUAAACUUUUUUUUUUUUUUUUCAAAGGUUGUACCUUAAUACAGGGUCUUCAGUGCCCAAUGCCUUGAUCGCUUGAUUAGUCAUAUGCGUUGAAAAUGAAUUUUAAGUCA